AACAAUGAUGUGAUUGUAUAACAGGUUCACAUGCUUUAAAGUAGUAAACAACAAAACGUCUGAAACAGCGACUUUAAUGGAUAUUACGUUAACGAAUAAACCAUUUAAAAGAGUCGGGUCGUGCUGAAGAUAUCAAAGGUUAUACUUUUGAGAUCAUCCCUAUUACAGUUGCUUGCCAAUGCCAGAAGAAGGUAACGAGGACCAGACCCUUCCACCCUUGUCCAGCCCUGUCAGUGUCCAAGAAAAUGGCUUUUCCAUCCCAGGAACCAGUAGGGAAGAGCCAGCGGCUACACAUCCAGAAGGUGUUGGACCACAGAACUCCAGAAAAUCAAAGGCCCUGCUCCAUAUCAACCGUCAGGAGAUCCUGUCAGUGGCUCAAAGCUCCCAAGCUGCUGAGCUUCAGGGUUUGGGAGUGGAUGUCUAUGACCAAGAUGUUCUGGAGCAAGGUGUGUUGCAGCAGGUGGACAGGGCCAUACAGGAGGCCAACCAGGAAGCGGCCAAAGCAGAUGCUCAGAAAGAAUACGAGUCUGUGCUGGAUGAUGUCAGGUCAUGUACAAUUGCUCUGAAACACAUCAACAAAGUUUUGGAGCAGUUAUCUCCUUAUGCAGCUUCUAGCAAGGACAUCAGUCGCAAAUUAGAGUCUGUUAAACGGCAAAAAGAAAAUAAGGAGAAGCAGUUAAAAAAGAUCAGAGCCAAGCAGAAGAAACUGCAGGCCUUACUUGAUGGAGAGGAUAUUCAGAAGCUCGAGGAAACAUUAUUGAUUGAGGAUGACGAAGAACCAGGUCCUUCUACGCUGGGCAGCAUGCUCAUGCCAUCUCAAGAGACCGAAUGGGAAGAGCUCAUCCGCACGGGUCACAUGACCCCCUUCGGUUCACGGAUCCCUCAGAAGCCGGAGAAGAAAGAACCUCGUAAAGUUAUGCUCAGCGAGGAUUCCGGUUUUGAUAAGUACCUCACAGAUCAGGCCAUUUUAGCGGAGAGCAGGAAGAAACCCCCCUUAAAGAAAAAGACCACCAAGAAGCUAAUAACAGAUAUCAAGGAUGGCAAAGAGCAGAAAAACGGCUCCUUAUCCAGCAAAGAUAAGAAACUCCAGAAGCGUAUGCGAAAACUCCAGAGGACCGCUCUGAGGGCUCACCCCAAGGCCAGGCCCAAGGUGGAGAAAGAUCUAAACCAGGGCAGGAGGAAAGGUUUUGGGGAACGGGCAUCAGACAGUGAGGGCUCAGAAUAUGUUCCUAGUGAUGAACUGAUGGAUCCUGAGGAACCAGAGAGAGAUGAUGAGUUCUGGGUAGAUGAGGAUGACGAAUAUGAACUUAAACCUUACAAGAAGAAGAAGAAGGAGGCUAAAACAAGAAAGUCCAAGGAGGAAGAGAGUGAUGAAUAUAUUCCCAGCAGCUCAGAGGAUGAGGAUUCUCAGAAAAGUGGAAAAGUAAAGAAAUGUAAAGAUGAUGGUGAUAUCGAGUGUUACAGGCAAAGGAUUAGGAAGUGGAAAAGGCAAAGACUUCGGGAUAAAGAGGCAAAAAGAGAAGCUGGCGAGGAGGAGUCAGAGGAGAGCGAGGUCGAGUUUGAUGAAGGAUUUAAAAUGCCUGGCUUCCUCUGGAAGAAACUCUUCAAGUAUCAGCAGACAGGUGUCAGGUGGAUGUGGGAACUGCACUGCCAGCAAGCAGGAGGCAUUCUGGGAGACGAGAUGGGCCUGGGCAAGACGAUCCAGAUAAUUGCCUUCCUGGCAGGCCUAAGCUAUAGCAAACUAAAAACACGUGGAUCCAAUUACAGGUAUGCUGGCCUGGGUCCCACAGUAAUUGUGUGUCCCGCCACUGUCAUGCAUCAGUGGGUGAAAGAGUUUCACACCUGGUGGCCUCCAUUCCGUGUGGCUGUUCUCCAUGACACCGGCUCCUUCACCAGCAGAAAGGAGAAGCUCAUCCCAGAGAUAGUGGCCGGUCACGGCAUCCUCAUCACUUCCUACUCGUACAUACGCAUUAUGCAAGACUAUAUUCAGAAGUAUGACUGGCAUUACGUCAUCCUGGAUGAGGGACACAAGAUUAGGAACCCCAAUGCUGGGGUUACUGUGGCGUGCAAGCAGUUCCGGACACCCCACAGAUUCAUCCUUUCGGGCUCGCCCAUGCAGAACAACCUGAAAGAGCUGUGGUCGCUCUUUGACUUUGUGUUCCCAGGAAAACUGGGGACUCUGCCUGUCUUCAUGGAGCAGUUCUCUGUGCCCAUUACUAUGGGCGGAUACUCUAAUGCAUCUCCAGUGCAGGUCCAGACAGCCUAUAAAUGCGCUUGUGUUCUUCGUGACACAAUUAACCCUUACCUGCUGAGGAGAAUGAAGGCUGAUGUGAAAGCAAACCUCUCCUUACCUGACAAAAGCGAACAGGUCCUGUUCUGCAGGCUGACAGAAGAUCAGCGGCAGGUUUACCAGACCUUCCUGGACUCCAAGGAGGUUUAUCAGAUUUUGAAUGGAGAUAUGCAGGUCUUCUCGGGCCUCAUAGCUCUGAGGAAGAUGUGCAACCACCCAGACCUGUUCACAGGUGGGCCGCGCUUGCUCCGGGGCAUCCCCGACGAUCAGCUUACCGAAGAAGAGCACUUCGGUUACUGGAAGCGAUCGGGAAAGAUGAUUGUGGUGGAGUCUCUUCUGCGCCUGUGGUUCAAACAGGGACACAGAGUUCUGCUUUUCACGCAAUCCAGACAGAUGCUGGAGAUCUUGGAGGUGUUUCUGAAAGAGAAUGGCUACUCCUAUCUCAAAAUGGAUGGUACCACCACCAUUGGGUCCAGGCAGCCUCUCAUCGCUCAGUACAACCAGAACAAGGACAUCUUUGUCUUUCUUUUGACGACAAGAGUUGGAGGUUUAGGAGUCAACCUGACCGGUGCGAAUAGGGUUGUAAUCUACGACCCAGACUGGAACCCAAGCACAGACACUCAGGCACGCGAACGCGCCUGGAGGAUCGGGCAAAAACAGCAGGUGACCGUAUACAGGCUGUUGACAGCUGGAACCAUUGAAGAAAAGAUUUACCACAGACAAAUCUUCAAACAGUUUCUCACCAACCGAGUGCUAAAAGAUCCUAAACAGAGACGGUUUUUCAAAUCUAACGACAUUUAUGAACUUUUCACACUGAGUAAUCCUGACGGCACACAGGGAACAGAAACCAGUGCAAUAUUUGCAGGCACAGGCUCAGAUGUGCAGAUUCCAAAAAGACACAAGUCUUCCCAUCCUUCUCAGGGGACAUCGGGACCAUCUCAAUCUCAUUCAUCUGCAUUUGACGUUGAAGACCAAAAUACCGCAUCUCUGUCAAACAACAAACAUGCUACCUCUGUCAACGAUCAUUUGAACAAUAAACUUGAAUCUCAUUCCAAUGGUUAUCUUCCAACAAAUGAUGUUUGUUUGGCAGACAGCCCUCAGAAGCACAGGGAGAAGAAAAAGCAUUGUGAAACAAAAGAAAAAAAGUUCUCCGAUCAACACAAGCAUAAAAAGCGCAAGCACUCAGCGGAUGCCAGAUUUGAAGGAUGUCGUAUUUCUCACCUGGUGAAGAAAAGGAGAUACAAAAAAGUGGACGAUGAAGAAAAAGAGGACAAUAAAGAUGAGAAAAAGAGCGAUGAUUAUGUUUUAGCCAAACUUUUUAAGAAAUCAGGAAUCCACAGUGUCAUGAAGCAUGACUCCAUCAUGGAGUCAUCAAACCCAGAUUUUGUACUUGUGGAAGCCGAGGCUAACAGGGUUGCCAAGGAUGCACUGAGAGCUCUUAAGUCCUCAAGACAGAAUCUCAGGGCGCCUUUCUCAAGAGGGUCAACACCAGCCACCCCACCUCCACUUAAGAGAAGGUUUGGGCAGAAGAAAAACCCACUACUUUCUCAAGCACCUAGGACGACGGCAGAAACAUCAGAGAAAUGCAAGGAUGCAAAUAUUGUAAAGAAGUCAGGAAUAAAGAAGCCAGGAUCUGGUGUUCACUUCAGUGGUGAAGGGGCACAAGAACCUGGUUCUCUCUCAUCGUCCUCUCUCCUUGCUAUUAUGAGGGCCAGGAAUCACAUCAGUCAACCCCAGAGACAAGAGGAUGAGGAACAAGAAGAAGAAGAAGAGAGAAGCACUCGGCCCGUUCCUGUACCUGCUGCUCCUACAGAACACGAUGAGCUUCUGGUCGACCUGAGGAACUUUGUGGCCUUCCAAGCUCAGGUGGAUGGUCAAGCAAGCACCAAGGAGAUUCUGGAGUACUUCACCCCAAGACUUAACUCCUCGCAAACAGCAGUUUUUAGAGAACUUCUAAGGAAUAUCUGUGAGUUUCAUAGACUUCCUGGACAGGAAGGGAUGUGGAAGCUUAAAGCUGACUACAGGUAAACUGAGCAGAGCAUAUUAAAACAUAUUAGCUGAGGUACAGAAUAGAAAAUGUAUACGUCACACUAGGGAACUGCGGGUGAUUCGAUGCAUCAGUUAUUUUUAGAUUACUAGAUGUGUUGAAUAUGUUGUCAGUAACUUCUUGGAACUUUUCAGAUGCAUGUACUCAUGUAUGUAGUCAAAAGUGUCUUCAUAUUUGUUUGUAUUUUGUUACUGUUUUGUUUAUUUGUUUAUUCCUGGAAAUGACUUGAAAUCAAAUGUAUUCUCUAUUUGAAAAAUGUUUUUAUUCAGGGAAUGUUUGCCAAACUAUUGUACUGUUUUUUUUUCUUAUUGCUUAACUGGGAAAAAAACAAUUUAUUUGUUCUUAAUGCUACCAGUAAAUCUGUGAAAAGAAUGGAAAAUGUAUUUAUAUAGGGGGUUCUUCUAUUAAACUUAUUUGGUGCCAAUUUAUCCACUUGACUUUUUAGUCGGUGGUCAGUGUUUUUGAAACUUGUCUCAUGAUUAUCUACCUCCCACCAAACACAGAUAAAUGAACCAAUGCAUAUGCAAUAUGUUGGCAAUGAAUGAGUUUACAAUCCAUAAACUUUAAUUAAAAGUUACCCAAUAAAACAAGUUUUGCAUCAAC